GAUGGCAGAGGAGAGUGUCUUGUUGUGAUUUCUACCCUCAAAAACAUAAAAAAAACUAAUAUUGCAUUUGGUCGCUAGCUUUUUGUUGUUUUAUUGUUUUGAUUUGAGAAACAAAAAACAAACAAAAAAAACGACACAAGACUCCAAGUGAGUGGGCGGCAUGCCUCGACGCAGGAUGUGUUUUUUGCAGCGUCACGGACACACAGGGGAUUGUCCGCCGGGCUUGUAGAGGUUUUCGUAAUCCAGCCGAAUGAACAGAACGACAGCAAAGCAUCUCAUUGAGCGCUACUUUCGGCAGUUAACUGAAGGCUGUGGGAAUGGCAACUGCGAAAAUCAGCUCUGCGCUUCGUGUCGAGAUUUCCAGCCGCUGGACAAAAACUCGGCGGCGAUCCGAGCGCUGGAGUUAUGCAAGGUGAAAGCCAAACUCUGCGACCCUCAUGCUCAUGGUUCAGAGUCAGAUCCUCAGCCAGCCGAUCAUACCAAGGAGGACUUUUCAGAUAUCCAUUACCUCACAGAGAAUACCGUUUUUAUCAUUCUGAGCAUCUGCGAAGAAGAAGGCGACUACUCGGCUCUCAUUCGAGUCAUUGGCAGGGUGUUCUCUAACGCAGGUGCUCUGAUAAAAAGUUUCCGUAAGGAUGAACCCAACGCUGCGGAAGCUCUUCCCAGACAUGGAGACCAGCAGGAGUCGGAUCAGACGGGCACCUCCUUUUCUUCUGCAGACGCCUGCGAAGUGACGGUGGACAUUGACUCUGUGCGGCGGGUCUAUGACAGACUUCAGACCAACGAGCAGGCGGAGUCCGCUCUGGUGAAUGCGCUCCUCUACCUCACUCCUAAUGUGGAGCUCGACCUGGAGUACUUGGAUGCCUACAAGACAAACCCAGACUACCUGAACAUCUUUGUCAUUUUGAUGGAGAACAGCAACCUACACAGCCCCGAGUACCUGGAGUUAGCGUUGCCGCAGCUUUGUAAGGCCAUGAGCAAGCUGCCGGUGUGCGCUCUGGCCAGACUGUCCAAGCUGUGGUCCAAAUAUGACCUCCCGUACGUUCGCCACAUGAUGGAGACCUUCCAACAGCUCAUCACCUUCACCGUCGUCAGCCAGGAGUACAACGCAGAGAACCUGGUCAAUGACGACGAGACGGUGGUGGCCGCUUGCAAGUGUUUGAAAGUGGUGUUCUAUGCAAGCUUAGUGGGCGGCGACGUAGACGUGGAGCACAACGAAGACGACGACGGCGGGGAGUCCGACUCCGACGAGCUCACCUUGCACGAGCUGCUAGGCGAGGAGCGUCUCUACAAGAAGGGACCUCAGGUAGACCCUCUGGAGAAGGAGCUGGGUGUCCGACCCAUCGAUAGUAGGAAGCCCCUCAUCCCCUUUGAGGACUUUGUCAACGAGUCCCUCAAUGACGUGGUUGAGAUGGACAAGGAUUUCUCCUUCUUCAAAGUUGACGCGGAAACAAAGUUUUCUUUCCAGACCUGCCCCUUUGUCCUCAACGUGGUCACAAAGAACCAGGGGCUUUACUACGACAACAGGAUCAGGAUGUACAGCGAGCGGCGUCUCACCGCCCUCUACAGCAUGGUGCAGGGCCAGGAGCCCAACCCCUACCUCAAACUCAAAGUGCGCCGAGACCACAUUAUCGACGACGCCCUCAUCAGACUGGAGAUGAUCUCCAUGGAGAACCCGUCUGACUUGAAGAAACAGCUCUUUGUGGAGUUCGAGGGGGAGCAAGGAGUCGACGAGGGAGGCGUGUCCAAAGAGUUCUUCCAGUUGGUCUUGGAGGAAAUCUUCAAUCCUGACAUUGGAAUGUUCACGCACGACGACGACACCGAGCUCUUCUGGUUCAACUCGUCCUCGCUGGAGAACGAGGCGCAGUACACGCUGGUGGGCAUCGUGCUGGGCCUGGCUAUUUACAACAACUGCAUCCUGGACGUGCACUUCCCCAUGGUGGUCUACAGGAAGCUCAUGGGCAAGACGGGCACCUACUUGGACCUUUCAGAUUCACACCCGGUUCUAUACCGGAGUCUGAGGGAGCUUCUGGACUAUGGCGGCAAUGUGCAGGAGGACAUGGCGCUCACCUUCCAGAUAUCUCACACGGACCUUUUUGGAAGCCCAGUCUCGUACGACCUGAAGGAGGAAGGAGACCACAUUCCUGUUUCCAAGGACAACAGACACGAGUUUGUGCAGCUGUACGCCGACUACAUCCUGAACAAGAGCGUGGAGACGCAGUUCCGAGCUUUCAAGAAAGGCUUCCUCAUGGUGACCAGCGAGUCACCCAUGAAGUACCUGUUCAGACCCGAGGAAGUGGAGUUGCUGAUCUGCGGAAGCCGAAAACUUGACUUCCAGGCCCUGGAGAAGACGACGGACUAUGACGGCGGUUACAGCAAAGACAGUCGAGUCAUCAAGGACUUCUGGGAAACCAUCCACUCGUUUGAGGAGGAACAGAAGAAAAUGUUCCUUCAGUUCACCACAGGCACACACAGAGCACCUGUGGGCGGCCUGGGAAAACUGAAGAUGAUCAUCGCUAAAAACGGCUCAGACACUGACAGGUUGCCCACCUCUCACACCUGCUUCAACGCGCUGCUGCUUCCGGAAUAUUCCUCCAAGGAGAAGCUGAGAGAAAGACUCCUGAAGGCCAUCACUUACGCCAAAGGGUUUGGAAUGUUGUGACAACUUUUUAUGUUCAUCUUUUGCUCCGAAAUGAGACCCGCCCUCACAUUUAGAACAACUUUUUUUCCUUUCCGCAACAUCUUCUAUUCCACUUUUCAUCUUCAAGUCGCUGUGAAACAACUCUGAGCUGCGAGUUUGGUGAACGUUUCCGCAACAAUAAGAUCGUAAAUUAGGCUUUUCACUAAGAAAUAUUCGGUGCCUUAACAAACAAUUUUUUUUGUACAUUUCCUACUUCUUUGUUUUGAAGUGUUUAUGAACGUGCCCUUAAACAAGAUGGAGUUAAAAUACAGUUGCACCUCAGGAUAGCAGUUUCAAAAUAAAACUAACUUUUACACCGGGGGCCGCCAAAGCACAAUUGUUAGCAUUUUAUUAUUAGCAUGCUACUUUUGCAGGUGCACAUCUCUGCAUUCAAUAUUUUUGUUACUGCACGCAGGAUACCUGUUAGCAAUGCUAACUCUUUUAAAGCUGAGUUUGUAGGUGUACACCUCAGUUUGCAUUAGCAUGCUAGCUUUUAAAAAAAACUUUUUUUUUAGCUAAUUUAGCUGGUAUACAUAUCUUAG